GGGAAGCGACAUUGGUAGCGACAAGGAAGCCGCGAAGCAUAGUUUAGUAAAGUUUUUUUCGGGAAUUCUUGGUUUGUUUACGACCGAUUUAGCGUGUAAUGUUUAUUACCAUUUGUUAGACACCGCCACUAUCGAAGAAUGCUGAAAGGUCGUACAAACUCUGACGAAAGCGUUUCUUCAACGUAACGUCGUUUAUUUAAAUAACUCAGCACAUUGCAUGGUUGGUGAUCAAUUUAAUUAUUGGCUUAGCAAAAGUCGAGUGUAUUUCAUUUUUUCAAAUGAAUUGGUAAAGAGAAGAGCUGAAACUUGGAAACAGUAAUGGCAAGUUUUGAUUCAACCGACCUGAAUUUGGACCAAGCAGUAACUAACUUACCCAGACACCCCAUAAAAAGAUUUGAACCAACUUUGCGCAAAUUUCAAGUGGCGCUUCCAGCAGAUAUUGCCAGACUUCAGCAACACAAGACAAACAUGGAAAAGUUUUACAGUUCAGAAGCUUGGUUUGAACUAAAUAAAGAACAAAUCAAUGCUGCAAGGACAGUUCAGCAAUUGAAAUCCCACUUGAAAGAGAUGGAAAAAAUACGAAAACAAGUACAGGUGUCAGAUAUACCUGAGUUUGACCAAGGAGUUAAGCCGCUGCAGGAGGAAAUCUUGGCUGGAGUCAGCUCUUUUAGAGAGGUGCAGCAGAUGUAUGCUCGGGAAAAGCAGGACAAGGAACCCAAGAGAAUGCCUUUUGCCAGAUACAGAGAUACUACAUUACCCCCAGUGACUACAACAGAGCCUGAUGGUAACUCUCAAAAGCUUCAGACCUUAGUUGUAGUAGACAAAGAUGCAGUUGUAUCCUGGGACUCGCUGAGAUCGGGUUUAGUAGAAUUGAAUGAACUAAUUCAUGACUUCUCAGCUAUAGUUCAUGAGCAACAAGACACAGUCGACUCCAUAGAAGGCAACAUUGAGAGCGCUCAAAUUAAUGUAGAGGAAGGCACCAGAGCAUUGGGAAAGGCCAGCAAACUCAAAGGAUUUGCCUAUCCGGUGGUUGGCGCGUUAGUUGGUGGAGUGUGUGGCGGUCCUUUAGGCUUAGCCAUUGGAAUAAAGGCCGGAGCAGCCAUAGCGCUUGGGGGAGGGAUGUUGGGAUUUUUUGGCGGAAGAUACUUCAAGAAGAAAGAAGAAGAAUCCGUUGAUAUCCAGCUUGACAACUUGAGUUCCAGCAGAGAAGUUAAAAAGUAUCGGUGAAGUUUCCAAAGAGAAACUUUUGAUACUCAAGGCGGAAUAUGUUUUGUUCUAGAUGGCUGUGAGACAAUUUCCAACGCAAUAGUUUUCUCGUUUGUUCCGUGUUCUCUAUUUAAGUGUUCUCAGCAUAAAUGUAAGGAGUAUAAAGCGAGUGGCUGACGAGCAGGGAAUAUCAACACUACAAAAUGACUUAAAUUAGUCAUAUUUUCAAGCAAAGCUUCAAAACGGAUUGUUUUGAACUCACAUGAAAACUUAGACGGGAUUUUAGUGAGGUAUUUACAUCAUGAAUCAAAGAAUCAUUUAGCGAAAGUGUAAAUAAUUAUAGGACUAUAUGCACUGCUAAGAAUUAGGUCUGACAGAAGUCCUUCAAGUUAACGACAACGGAUUCGUUAUAUUGGGAGUCAGGUCUAGAUAUGCGAGAAUGAAAAUAGAUAGUCUAAAAUUUUUGUAACUUAAUAAACUACAGGUUACAGAGA